CACGAAUGCGAUCGCUAUACGUUCACUAAGAUCCCCUACUCGCUCACACCCAUCCUCUUACAGUAUGACUGUAGUCUCGAAUGAUCCCAGUUGGUGGCCAUUCAUCAACGCGAGUCUUAUCUCCAGCUAUUUUGCAGUUGCUGCCUGUGCUGCGGUAAUAUACGAUUGGGUACUUGCGUUCGGACAAGAGGUGGAACUAAUCUGGAGGCAACGGUGGUCCAUGAUGACCGUUUUGUAUCUCAUCGCACGAUAUCUUGGAAUAGGAUUUGUUGUGAUCAGGAUGUUUCUCAGUGUUCCGACAAUUUUACUGACAGAUGCAGUAAGCCUUAUCAUGACCGACGCUCUUGCUUGGGCGUCCGACGUUGUAAAUGUAAUACUGGGCGUCAUCAUGAUCGCUCGAUUGCAUGCUAUGUAUCAGCGAUCCAGAAAGGUGCUGAUAUCCCUCAUUGUCAUCUUUCUGGCCAUCAGAAUCGCCGACGUGGUCAUGGUCGCAAUAACGAUGCCACAGGCUUCAGGAGAGGAACUCGUUCUCUCCGGCACCUACCAUUGCACCGUAGACUAUGCGGGAGAUUCCCUAUUUCUGAGUUCCUUGACUUGGAUAUUUGUCGCUAUAUGGGAGGUCCUUGCACUGUGUCUCGCAGUCUGGAUUGCUAUAAAGCACUUCCGUGAACUGCGAAGACACUCAACAAGAGGUAUCAUCGGGGACUGUUUCACGGUGUUAAUGAAAACUCAUGUGAUUUACUUUGCGAGUUUUUUUGCUUUUGCUUGCUUCAAUAUCGGGUUAUUCUUUCCAACAGUCUCAGCAGACAUAUUUCUCCUGGACGUUCAGAUUUAUUAUGGUUUCACUCUAAUUUUUGAGAUGGUGCAGCUGUCUGUGCUGGGACCACGCCUCAUCCUCAGCGUUCGAGAAUAUCAUGCAAAACUCGUGGCCGACUCGGAUACAGCAAGCGCUAUGACUUCAAUUGCUUUUCAGGAGCGCGUCCAUGUGGAAACUGGCAGUAGCGUUUAGUGCAUGACAUUCUCGAUCUGAUUGUUUUGCGAUCAUGAUGGGCGGGUAGUCUGUAGAGGUGUUUAUUUUGUUCAUUCCAAGUCUCGUCGUCGUGCUUGCUUAAGUUAUUUGAUGUUACAAAUUACAAGCAACUCUAUUAUUCAUUCAAUAUUGAUCAAACAAUCAAGCACGAAUGUGAUCG